CGCAACGUGUGUCCCAUUUGUAUAUGCGUGAAUAAUCCAAAUACUAUAGAUCUAGAGUAGUCAAAAAGAUAAUGAGUAUUUACCACGACGAAGUCGAGAUUGAGGAUUUCGAAUACGACGAGGAGGAGGAAAUGUAUUACUACCCUUGUCCCUGCGGUGAUCGAUUUCAAAUUUCCAAGGAGGAACUUAUUGAAGGGGAGGAAGUAGCCACUUGUCCAAGUUGUUCACUGAUUAUUAAAGUCAUAUAUGACGCGGAUAUGUUUAAAGCGGAGGAGGACGAAACGGCGGCGCUUAACGAAAAGCUGAGCGACUUAAAGCUGGAGAAGAACUAGCUCCUAUUUAGAGUUUCGUCGAGUGGGUAAUGAUCAAUUUUUUAUUUGUAU